AUGGAAGCGUCUAUGGAUCUCCUUCAUAGCAAUGGGGUUCUUAUCAUUCAGCAUUUACAGAAGGAUUACAGGGCUUACCAGGACUUCCUUAAUUUCAUGUCACAUGUUGGUGAUCCCCGGAAUAUAUUCUCAAUUUAUUUUCCUCUUUGGUUUCAGCUCAAUCAAGUGGUUGGUACUAAAAUGAUAUGGGUGGCAGUCAUUGGUGAUUGGUUCAACCUCAUAUUUAAAUGGAUUUUAUUUGGUCAUCGUCCAUACUGGUGGGUACAGGAAACAAUGAUGUAUCCCAAUCAGUCAAGCCCAUGCCUUGAACAGUUUCCUAUAACAUGUGAAACUGGGCCAGGAAGCCCCUCUGGGCAUGCAAUGGGAUCUUCUUGUGUCUGGUAUGUAAUGGUCACAGCAGCACUGAGCUACACAGUUGGAUGGAAAGAUAAAUCAGCAGUUACCCUUCACAGAUUGACGUGGUCAUUUCUCUGGAGUAUUUUUUGGAUUAUCCAGAUCAGUGUGUGUAUCUCAAGAGUAUUCAUAGCAACACAUUUUCCUCAUCAAGUUAUUCUUGGAGUAUUUGCUGGAAUGCUUGUGGCAGAAGCAUUUGAGCAUACCCCUGCUAUUCAGACAGCAAGCUUGAGAAUGUACAUCAAGAUAAACUUGUUCCUUUUCAUCUUUGCCCUUGGCUUUUAUCUAGUCCUCAAACUUCUUGAUAUUGACUUGCUAUGGUCUGUUCCAAAGGCAAAGAAAUGGUGUGCCAAUCCAGACUGGAUAAACAUUGACACAACUCCAUUUGCUGGACUGGUGAGAAAUUUAGGUGCACUCUUUGGCUUAGGUCUUGGUAUUAAUUCCGAAAUGUUCAUCACAAGCUGCAAAGGUAAAAAUAGCUGUAAGGUAAGUUUCCGGAUAUUGUGUAUAGCUGCUUCUUUAGCUACACUGCAGCUGUAUAACUUUGUUAGGAUACCUACUCAUACUGAGUAUUUAUUCUACAUUCUUUCUUUUUGUAAGAGUGCAGCCAUGCCUCUUACUGUAGUUGCCUUGGUUCCAUACUGUGUCCACUUAUUUAUGAGGACAACCGAAAAGAAGUUAAAUUAAACAAAAUUUCCAAAUGGUCAACAAUCUGUGGAUGUCUUAUGAAUGUUUUGAGCAGCCCCCGCCGCCCAAGGCUGUUUUGCUAACUCAUUUUAACUGGAUGGAAGCAAUACCACCACGUCUUUGAUGUACUCUUUGUAAGUCAUCAGUACAUCAAAAAUCAGUACAUCCAGGAAUGACCUGAACAGCUCAGAAAUAUUAAACGUUGUCUCUAUUCCUUGAAAUAUUGCAAGGAAGGACCAUGUAGUAUAGUUUCUAACAAUAUGCUGGAGUGUGCAAAAGUUUUAAAGUGUAAUCAACUAGUUUUAUUUAGCUACUUGCUGGUCUUUCAGUUCUGUCCAUCUCCAACUAGGUGAAGCUUGAAGCCCCAGUUGUAUAUAGUGAUAGUCAAGAUUCUGUGUAUAUAUAC